AACCAAUGCGCCAUUCCGAAGGCAUAGGAUAUCGACAUAUAUUUUGCUGCAGGAUGUCCUAAAAUGCUUUCCGUACACCAGUGCCAUAUAUUUUUCUCCGUCGCAGCUAGUGUUGCCACCCGGCCGGUAUUUUACCAGCCAAGGCCGGUAUUACAAAUUUAUUGGGCAAUGUAGCUGCCGGUAAAUUUGUAAUACACCUAAAAAAAAGCCCAUGGCCUGCCCCCAGCCUGCUCCAAACUUACCUUUUUUCCUGGGCUUCUUGCCAAGUUCGCGUGUUUGGCUCCGCCCCAUUUGACGUCACGACCCAGCCAGCCAAUAGCGCGUUACGGUCCCGCCCCUUUAUAGUCACGGACCCGCCCUUUUAACCCCGGCCCCUCCACCCGCAGGUAAAGAUUGUUUUAAAAGGUGGCAACCCUAGAUGCAGCACAGCCCCCCUAUUCUAUUUAAAUACAGUUGGGUAAGAGCCCCUACAGUUGCUUCCUCUGUAUGGGAAUGAAGCACAAGUGCAGAACGAAUAAGCAACUCUGGCAGCUACUGGUUGGGAUGGGAGGGAAGCUGCGCAUGCUCACUGUGAUCUGAUCUGACGGGAGACCUACUAGGCAUGCGCGGUAGAGGGCCGUCAGACUGAUUAAAUUGUCAGAAACGAAGCAGAGCACGGUCAACUUAAGGGGGCGGAGCUUCACGCGGGAACAGGAAGUUGAUGAAUUGAGCUGCAGAUUUGAGCUUCUGUGUUUGGAAGCAGCUCAGACCGAAUGCAGAGGAGAGCUUGCUGAACUAGAGCGGAAACCAUUCAUCCUGCCGUAAUGCCAAGUCCAAGGGUAUCAAGAGCUGCCAACAACUCUGCUAAUCCCAUGAACAAAUUAGAAUUUAUGUCCUUACUUACUAACAGGACAAAUGCUUCAGAUCCUGUAUCCGUCCGUCACCGGACAUCUGACAGUCCAGUUCACCGCAAGGACUCCUUCAACGCCACUUCAUCGACUGCCUCACAGCAGCAACAACAGCAGCAGCAGCAGCUUCCAGAAGAAGACUGCAUGAAACUAAACCCAUCUUUUCUUGACAUUGCUCUCAGUUCAUUGCUGGCUGUUGACCUCUGGUUGACUAAGAAGAUGGGGGUAUGUGCCAGAGAGGGCUCCUCUUGGGGCAGUGCCCGUCCUUUGAUGAAGCUGGUGGAGAUAUCUGGGCAUGGCAUUCCCUGGAUUGCUGGCAGCCUGUAUUGCCUGUACAAAAGUGAUAGCUCUGCUGGGCGUGAGGUCAUUCUCAACCUACUAUUUGCACUGCUGCUGGAUUUAGUCCUUGUUGGAAUUGUAAAGGGUAUAGUGAAGAGACGAAGACCAGUUCACAAUCGCAUGGACAUGUUUGCUACUUUCUCUGUGGACAAGUAUUCUUUCCCUUCAGGCCACGCCACACGUGCGGCUAUGGUGUCACGCUUCAUGCUGAAUCAUCUGGUUCUGGCAGUACCCGUAAGGAUUCUAGUGAUGCUGUGGGCCAUUUUGGUCAGCUUGUCGAGGGUCAUGCUGGGUAGACACAAUGUGACUGAUGUGGCCUUUGGAUUCUUUAUGGGCCACAUGCAAUAUGGUCUGAUUGAGUACUUCUGGUUGUCACCGAGUACUUUGCCUGCCCUAUUCAGAAUGUGAAGUCUCUGGGGUGAAAAGUAUCUUAAGGUGGGAUUAUCACAAAUAACCUCAUUUUCAUUUCCUAUGGAUAUGACAAGGGUCUCCACUGCAUCCUGCAGCUUUCUAUACAUGGCCUCAUAUUGUGUUAUUAAGAGGUCAGGUACAUGCAGCACUUAGGUGACUACUGGGACAAAAUUAGAAUCUAAUAAUAGCCUCAAGAGACAUUGCAAUCCAAAUACAUAAACUGUCCUGCAAUGUUCAUAUGUACAGCAUGGACAUAUCUUGCAGGGAAAAAAAACACUGUGGAAAAUGUAAUUUAAUUGUUGUUUAAAUUUAGUUUCUACACUUUCAUUAUAUUUCGUGGGCUUUAUGUUAAAUUCUGUGAAAGUAAUUACAUUUGAUCAGUUUUUUUUAAUUUUUAAGGCAACAGCAAGCUGAAGCCUUUAUUGAUGAAUGUUGUUUGUCUUUAAAUAUUUUAUAUACUGGUUUUCCUAAUCUACUAUGGUUCUGUUCUCUCCGAGCUUUGUUCCCUCUGCAGGUUGGAGUUAGGGGUUUUAAUGUACUUGGUUAUUGUCAGUUUUAGCAGUGCAUGGGUAAAGCAGGUUGGUGGGGGCCCCUAACACGAGAAAAAGCAAUACAUAACAACAGGUUGUGAGCCUCCAGUAAGUAGUGGAAUUACAGUUUCUAGCAACCCAAACCAGACAUUGGUUUUUGGGAGGAUUAUGAGAUUAUCAGACUUGAUGUACGUGCCAACAUUAUCAGUUAUUCUAAUUUUAUUAUUAUUAUUAUAAUUUUAACAAGGAAAUUUUAUCCCAAGAGGAACCUUGGACAUUUGCCUACAUUUGAUAGGAUCAUUUGGGUUUACAUGUAAAAUAAUAAAAUCAUCUGUGCUGUACUUGUUAAUGUGAUGAGUUGGAGGAGAAGGCCAUAAUGUUCUUGGAACAAAUCAGUAGACCAUUCACUUCAUUGGGAACAUCGUUCCUACCACCAGCAUAACUUUUAAACUUGCCAUGCUUUUGCCAACCUGCCUUAAUGAGAACAAGAACGGAACUUCAUGAUUUGGGAAUAUUUAGGGAAACAUUGUCCAAAGUAGAGCCAUACACAGUCACUGUAAUAUCUAACAGACAUUUAGCUUGCACAUAUUAGGGUAUGUAAUAAUAUGGGCAAUGUUUUCUCUGCUCUAAGAACAUGUAGUAGCCAAUCUGCAGUUAGUCAUUACUAUUUUAGUACACGUAUAUAAAGAAAGCAAGCAUUAUAGAUCAGGAAGACUUUGCCACUUUUAAUGCAUACCCCCUACUGGGCCCAGAGCAUUGUUUGAUAAUUUUUAUAUUGAAAUAUCAUGUUGGCAAGUUCAGUGUUCUUCUGUAUUAGAAAUAGUAUACCCAUUCCUUUUCUUAUACGUUAUUUCUAUUACAUUCCUCUUGACGUAGGCCAGUGUACUGAUGAUUUAAAGGACCAGUAACACCAAAAAAAUGAAAUUGAUUUAAAGUAAUAAAAAUAUAAUACAGUGUUGCCCUGCACUAGCUAAACUUUGAUGUUUGCUUUAGAAACACUACUAUUGUUUAUAUAAAUAAGCUGCUGUGUAGUGUUGGGGGCAGCCAUUCAAAGGAGAAAAGGCUCAGGUUACACAGCAGAUAAGCUCCGUAGAACAUAAUGUUAUCUGUUAUCCGAUAUUUAUCCUGUGCCAUUUAGCCUUUUUUCAAUUUCCCAGCAGCUUGUUUAUAUGAAGUCUAGUAGUGUUUCUGAAGCAAACACAUCAGUUUUACCAGUGCAGGGCAACACUACAAGAUAUUUUCAUUACUUUAAAACCAAAUUAGUUUUUUGGUGUUACUGUUGAUUUAAGUCAACAAAGGGAACAUUUGUAAAACCUGCUGUUUUAUGCCGUAACAAAAUUAUUGCAAAAGAAUACUGUGAAACAAUUUUUUUCAAAUAAGGGGGAAAUCAAGAGAUUAGCACCAGCUACAUUUGUGGACAGAUUUAUUAAGUAUUGAGUUUUCCACUAAUAUUCGAAUUUUCGAGGUUAUUUUUUUUUGCCCAAAAAUCUAUUUUUCGGGUUAAAAAAAAAAAAAUCUGUCCAGGUCAUGUAGGAGUGAACAGCAGAGGUCCCUUGAACCAUUUGAAGAUGAUAGAGUUUGAUGAUAUGGAGGGAUCUUGCCCAAAAACUUGAUAAAUUAGAGCAAUUUAAAAUGUUUUUUCCGCCGGAAACUCUAUCAAUUAGAGAUUUUGGUUUGUUAACCCUGAACUCACUGUUUUGAGUUUUUUCCAUUUCAGUUUUUUCUCAAAUAAGAAACCGUUGUGAGUUCAUUCGAGGUAUAAAAAUACCUCUAACAUUCAACCUUUGAUAAAUAAUACCCUUAAUGUCUAAUGAUUGUGGCCCAAACUAAUGUUUGACUUUGCUGCACAUUGGCCAAUCAACAGGUGUCGGCAUGAAAUCUGUUGGUGUGCAGCAACACUAAUAGUGAUGGACGACUGUUGGAAUCCUGUCCUACUACUGACCACCUGCAGAUAUUGCUCAACAAGUGCCGUCCUGGGCCAGUUGUUUCCAUUCAUACUGCCCCCUACCUCCUGCCCUUAGGUAGUAUAAGAACUUACAUAACAUAGUGUAGUGUAUAGUGCAUUGGAGUAUUAAAGUGGAGGCACUUCCUUCUCUGAUUUUUUGUGUGUGGGGGAGUGCUGUGCAUAUUGUAGCUUUACAAUUUUAUUGUUGAUGACUGUUCAUUUUCUUUUUAUUAGAAGAUUUCAUAUAUAUAUUUCUGGUGCAGAAGAAAUAGUUUUGUGGCAUGCUUUAAUUUUCUAUGUCAUAUGAUAAUUUUAUAGACAAUGGAACACUAGUUUAUGUUUUUUUAAUGUACACGUCUUGUGGGCUAUAUUUUAUAUGCCGGUAUUGGAUCUAUUAUCUGACAUUUUUGGGACCCAAUAAGGACUUUUUGUGUAGUGGAGCACUGUGCCUUAAGGAGACUUUUUAAACAUAAAAAAUAGGACUGUUGUUUCAUUAUAAUGGAUUUGCGAUGGGUUAGUUAGCAUCAGGUAAGAGGUAUUAGGGUAGAAAUGGCAUUGGUUAUUUCAGAGCUUGCUGGGUAAUAGAUCCAGUAUCUGUACUAAAAUCUUUUGUCUGUAAGGGUUAACAGACAUUUUUGUGCAUUUCCCAAGUACACCAUAGACUUUGUUGGAUCAGUAUGUUUUCAAUUAAAAAAGGUAGUUUAUUUUUUGGGAGAUUUUGAUCAGAUUUUAUCUCAUCUUGCCACACAACACCACGCAAUACCAUGCAACACCACACAACAGCACAAGAUUUGUAGGAUGCUACAAAAUGUAAAGUUCGAGCAGAUAAAGUCAGAUGGUGUCGUUUGUUUAUGCAUCUACAUCUGACAUUCAAUGUAUUUCAACUAAAAAAAAGAAAAAAGUCAGACACCAUCAGAUUUUAUCUUGAUGGAUGAAGAAGCAGCAUGCAGCGUUCACAUCUGACAGUUGUAUCGAGUAGGAUGGAAAAAAUUCUAUGUAAUUUACACAUCAGAUUUUUGUCUCAAAAAUCUCAGUCCCAAGUCCCAUACAACUACAUUGCCUUGUAGGAUGGGUUUUGUUGAUCCAACAACAUCCUACAAAGCCUCUCAUGGAGUUUAGCUCUUUGACUAAGAGGCCAACUUACCAUACAGGCCAGAGGUAUCCCAUUUUUGUGAUCUCCGAUCACCCAAAAGUUUGGGCACAAUCAAGUUCAUUAAUCAAAACAAAAACCAUUAGUAUGGCUUUAUUCUAAGACUUCAAUAUGCUCUUACCAUCUCUUUGCAAGGCUGUUCCUGGGCAGUAAAAGCUCCUAUCUAAUAGAUUGCCGAUAUCUUGUGGUACAGUAAAUUAUUUGAUGGUUUCUGUAUUACUGCAUGUUUGGCUAUAGAUAUUGGCAAAUCUCACUUGUAAAAAUGUCUACUUAGAUUUUUUUUUUCUUCACAUUUUAAUUUAUUUCCAAAUAAAUUGA